UCCGGAUUGAAAGAGAGCAGAAUGUAAACAACAAGCUAACAUGGAGCUAUGGUUUGAAUGGGAAGAAAAUAAUGAAGAACAUUUGUCCUUUGACGACAGCGAUCGCUUUGAAGAAGAUUCACUUUGUUCCUGGGUUUCAGAGCCAGAAAGUCUCUGUGGAAAUUGGCGAGGCUGGAAGAGAAAUUCUCAAAAUGGCGUCCAGUUUGGUUCAGACUUGGGUGAAGCGACAGUCGAAACUCUUAUUGAAAUUUGCGCUAGGACAGUAGCAGAACAUUUUCCUUUUGAAACUGUUGAGUGCAAAUUUCCUCAGAUUCCUGAGCAGCUCCAGCAAAGAAUCGCUUUUUGGUCGUUUCCGCUCUUUGAAGAAGACAUUCGACUCUAUUCGUGUUUAGCAAAUGGCUCUCCGGAUAAAUUUCUGGAAGGGGAACAGCUUCUCAAAGUGCAGGCCGUUAAAGAUGUACUGCAGAUUGGUUUUCAUUUAAGUGGCACAGUUCACCAACCUCACAGUGUUUGCCAAAGCAAAGGAAUAUUUAAUGUAGCCGUCACAUUUGACAGAGGCCACAUAACCUCUUGUAAUUGUACUUGUGAUCAAACUGCAACCUGGUGUUCUCAUGUAAUUGCAUUGUGUCUUUUUCGAAUACACUUCCCAAAGAUGGUUUGCCUAAGAGCUCCAGUAUCAGAAUAUUUAUCUCGUUUGAGACGGGAUCAGCUCCAGAAGUUUGCUCAGUAUCUCAUCACAGAACUGCCACAACAGCUUCUCCCAACCGCUCAAAGGCUUCUUGAUGAGCUACUGUCUUCACAAGAAUCCACCAUCAACUCUGUACCAGGUGCUCCAGAUCCCACAGCAGGGCCAUCAGCUACAGAUCAUUCAAAAUGGUGUUUGGAUGAAAGUUCUCUCCAUGAGAACAUUAAAAAGAUGCUUGUGAGAUUUUGUGGCCCAAGUCCUUUGGUAUUUAGUGAUGUGAAUGCACUCUUUUUAGCAAAUACUGCUCCACCCACAGCUGCUGAAUGGUCAAAUAUACUCAGACCUUUAAAAGGACGAGAGCCUGAGGGGAUGUGGAACCUUCUGUCCAUUGUUCGUGAACUCUUCAGCAGGGGUGACAUGAAUGCAGUGAAUCUUCUGGUUAUUCUCACAGAAGAAUGUCUAGCCAAUGAUCAGGUGCUAAUUUGGUGGUAUGACAGUCGGAGUCAAGCUUCAGGGAAUUCCCCUUCUCAUAGUUAUGGAAAUAAUUACAGGGGGAACACCAAUACUGCAAGCACAGAAGCAACUAAACAUGCUUGUGCUGGAUUUUGUGAUGAACUUGUGGCAUUGUGGAGACUGGCAGCUUUGAAUCCCAAGUUGUCAGAUGAUGAGAGGGAAGAGAUGAAGAUGCAAUUGCAAGAGUGGCAUCAAAAGACUGUAGAUAAAGGACAAACAGGGCGAGGUGCCAGUGUUUCGAUUCCACCUGCAGCAAUUUCAUGCUUUCCUGGUUUUCUUGCUGCAAUAGAAGCUUGUUCUCUCAACUGGAAAAAUGUGGAUGUAGGUUUAGUUCCCAAAGAGAGAAAUCAUGAACCCCAGCUUUCUUCAGCGCUGAAGAGAGAUACAGGGACAGCACAAUCCUGUGGGAGCACAGAGACUGGACUUCAUGAAAAUGUCUUAUCACCUAUUGAAAGCCCCAUUGUUAGCGUCAGCCCGGGUACAACUGAAGAAAGCAUCGGCAGCUCAUCAGCAGAUGAGCACAACCCAAUUUUCGAUGCCGGUGAAGAUUUACAAGUCUUAUGUGCACGAAUGGAGGCUCUUCAUGUCCAUGGCUACAGUUCCCUGGCCGGAAAACUAGCCGUGAAACUUGCAGAGAAUAUUCUGAGCGAUGAUAGGAACGUCUCGUCCCAUUUUAGUGCCAGGAGCAAGAGACUGGGUGUUCGCAUGACAUCGUUUACAAAUACUAUUCUGCUGAAAGCUGGUUUUCUGUGCAAUGUGCUGGCAGAAGACCUGCACUGUCAUCAUUUAGCUUUCAAAGUCUGUAUGUUAGGAUUGGAAAUGCCAAGGCAGCCAGCUAAGAGUAAAGCAUUAGAGGUCAAACUGUUACAUCAAGAAUCAGAGUUGGUCAGCUUGCUAAAGAAACUUCCUCUUGGACCAGCUGAACUCGCUAUUGUUAAGGAAAAGGCCGGGCUUCUUCAUCAGGGUGAACUGAGAAGAGGAGAGGCUGUUCUGCCCAUCAUGUUGGCCUCAUUCAUCUUUGAUAUCUUGAGGUCAAGCGAUACUGAAUCAAAAGCUAAGCGGCAAGCUGCAAGGAAACUAUGCGAAACAACUAAAGAAGACGAAGAGCUGGGAUUUAAAGCUGCUCUGUAUGCUAUAGGAAUGAAAGGAAAUGCGUUUGAGCACCACUACCCCAUGUUAUGUGAAGGCACAAGGCAACAAAGAGGCGACCUGGCACUAGCGUUACUUGUUUACUCAAGGGACGAUCCGACGAAGAUUCGCCAAAUAAUGGACGUCAUUUUAGACCAGAAUCGGUAUGACCUACCGAGUGCUGCUGGUACGCCUCAAGAUAAGAAGAGAGUGGAGCGAUCUGAUUCUCAGGAUAAUAAGGACGAGGGAAAGGAAAGCGAAGCAUCUGGCACCAAUGUUGUCAAGGGCAAAGCUACUAUAGUGCUUCCUAACCGUAAAGCUAGUCACCAGUCCUCCAGCACCAGUGACAGUGGUACAGACAGCAGCUGUAAAGAUAGUUCAGGAAUAGACAGAUACAAACUCCGAGGAGGAAAUGAAAGAUCUUAUGAGCAAAGACUCUUAGCAAGUAAUGCUUCGUUGUCAUUGGAUGAAGAAAGCGGAAAUUCAAGUGGAGUUGAUACAGAUUCUGUUCCAGUCCCUCACCUUGGGCUGGCAGCGUACAAGGCUGAUCUUCAGGGAAGUAAGCAGAAUGACAAAGGAAUCCUCCAUUCACAUGAAACUUUAAGCAAGGCUUCACCUAAUUGUGAACCAACGCAGUGUGAUCCGUUUAUCAACAGCAGUCAACACUAUGACGCUGCCAGUAACCCGUCUUCCGUUCUUCGACCAGAUGCUGUUCCUCAGAGUAGAGAAGACCUCAUAGAUGUGGACCACCUACAUAAUCAAGUGCCGCUUGUGGAGGACUCGGAUACUAUUCCACCAAACCAAAACACUCAAAAUAGCGGUGAUCCUAACCUCUUUGCUCCGAGUGUCGAUGUUCCACGUCCUUGCGAAGGAAAUGCACCAUCACAGCGCUUAGAAAGUGUUCAUUUCUAUUGUAAUUCAAAUGACACAGAAGCUUUUAAUUCCUGUUCUAGCGACAACCCAGAGCUUAGCCAGAGGGUAAUCCUGGCCAAUCAUGGCCUCUCGUCUGAAGGUGAUGUGUCGGACAUUGAAGCGGAUUUUGAUGAAUGUCAUAGCCGUGUUCAGCAAGAAUUGUUUCACGAAAUUGAAUCAAGUCACAAUUUGGUAAAUGAGGGUGAAACGGGAGAAGUUGGAGCUUCGCCUUCAAGUGGUGCCGUCGAUAACGAACUCUCAGAGACAUCUAAUGUAUUCUUUCAAGUUGGAAAUAAGGCAUCUAGUUGUUCAGUUGCUGAAGGCGAAUCUUGCAGUGGAGGAGAUGCCGUUGUGAUAGCUCCAUCAGAAGUAUUAGAAGAACAAUCUAGUGAAUCCGGCUCCAGAGGAAGCGUUAGCGCCGGUGCAGAGGAUACUAAUAGAAGCCGUCGUCGUCGUGGACGAAGGAGGAGGAGGGGAGGCAAAUCAGCUCUGUAUCAAGCAACUGAGGCUGAAGCUCAUUUCAUGUUUGAACUGGCUAAGGCUGUCCUUUCUAAGGCCGGAGGAGGCAAUGGCACCUCUGUGUUCACACAAGCAACAAGCAGCGAUACUCAAGCUAGUGCCCAUAGAGUACUGCAGCUGUGUGCUUUUGAAAUUGGACUUUUUGCACUUGGACUGCACAAUCGAACUUCGGCAAAUUGGUUGUCGCGAACGUACUCAUCACAUGUCUCUUGGAUCUCUGGUCAAGCCAUGGAAAUUGGCCAUCAAGCGAUAACGCUUCUCCUGAAACGUUGGGAGGGUAACUUGACCCCCUCUGAGGUUGUGUCUAUUGCUGAUCGAGCAUCCAGGUAUAAUGAUCGCGCUAUGGUACGUGCUGCGGCUGAACUUGGACUGUCGUGUCUUCACAUGGCAACUACUCUCAAUCCCGGGGAGAUUCAGCGGGCCUUGUCUCAGUGUCGUGAGGAGGAUGCCCAAUUAUUGGAACAAGCGUGUCAAGCUGUUGAAAGUGCAGCUCGGGGCGGCGGAGUGUAUCCUGAAGUUCUGUUUGAAGUCGCUAAGCACUGGUACCACCUUCACGAGAAGAACCAAACCAACAAUAGCUCAGCUUCCGGACCAGGAAAUAGCGAAUCAAGAAGUCGAAGUUCUUUGAAUAGAUCUUCUCAGUCUGUAGCCUCGUCUGGCCAUUCUCCUCCAGUGAGCCCGUUUGUACCCCAGGUACCACAAUUUACAAUGCCUCCUUGUUAUCCGUCCAUACCUCCUCCUCUGUACACAACGCCCGAACAAUACGUACAGCAGCAGAUGCACCAGCAAGUCCAUCAGAUGAUGGGGCAUUAUCCCCCCUAUUUACCGGGGGCAUCCUCAGGAUACCGUUCAUAUUCUCAAUCGCGAUCCUUGACUGGGCCUCAAUACUCAUUAUCAGGAGGUUACUCAGGGCCUACUCCUCCACCAUAUCAAGCCACCAAUUUUAACUCAAGUUUAAGUCAGCAUUUAAAUCGCGUAUCAGCCGGACAGCAAGGGACACACGUUUCGUAUCAUCUAAACAGUGCAUACCGGGUGGGCAUGUUAGCGCUGGAGUUCUUAUCCAGACGCACCUCAGAUGACCGACCUAACGUAAAAUUUUCGCGUAAUCCGAAUUGCAGCGAUGACAUCAGGUGGCUGUGUUCACUGUCCGCUAGGCUCGGCAAUUCGCAUCUUCAGCGAUUCUGUGUUGCUGCUUUGAACGCAGUGGCUAGCCCGUUUGUGCUACACGACCUUGCCUUGGAAGCAGCGAGACACAUGGCGCGCUCUAACCCAGCGCAACUGACGGCAAAUCUACGCUCUCCGACCAUUAGUCCUUUAGUACAGAAGAGCUUGACUAUGUAUGCCCAGUGUGUCCAUUACAACUUGUUAAAAAUUUCCCAGAGCGAGUACGAUGAGUUCGUUGAGCUGCUUAGACACGCUCGUGGAGCGUUCUGCAUGGCACCGGGUGGAAUGACGCAGUUUAACGAGCUCUUGCAAAGUAUCCGGCGGGGACAACCCAAAAAGAAAGAACUUUGGCAAAUGAUUAUGAGUGGACUAGCCAAAGCUUAACUUGUGAGCAUAAAACGCACCUAAUGUUUGGAUCAACUGUUCGGCACUGAAAGUUGUUAUCUUUUUUCAUCUCAAUUAUAGUAUUAUUAUGAACACAUUGAACUUGGUUGUAAUCAAAGGAACACCAGCAAGGACUAGAUGAAGAAUGUUGUAGAUGCAAUUUUAAGCAUUUAGGACGCUAUAUUUGGCAUUGUUAGUUUUUUCUUGAAGUUGUUUAAAGCAAUGUUCGGGCGUCUAUACUGAUUAUAUUUAUUUAACCACGAGAGUCGUAAGAAUGCUUCUUAUCUUGUAAUUUAAAUCAUGUGUAAAGAUAUCGUAACGGGGGGGCCGUUGUCAUCUUUGUCGUUGAGAUAAAAAAAAAUUAAGUAUAUUUAUUGGUACACUUUAUUUAUUUUUGUCAAAAAUGUCAUCACUUAUUGUGUUGAAUACAGUUCCUUAAACCGAAUUGAAAAGCACUUUUCAAGCGGACGACUUCGCACUGUUGCCAGCAUUGA